AUGAACCAAAGAUUUAACAGUUAUAUAGUUUUUCUAUUAUUUAAAAUCAAAACAUGUAUUUCUUUACCUCAGUCAGGCUUUAGUUGUGGUGUUGGAUUGGAUUGUGGAAAUAGCCCGUAUGGACCCUGCUGUUCUCAAUAUGGUUAUUGUGGGAAUACUUCGGAUUAUUGCAAUCCCUACUUGGGUUGUCAAUCUGGUUGUUGGAUUUUAAAUCCAUCAACUACUUAUAUUGUCACAUCUACGCCAUCACCUUCUGCAACAAGUAAUUUUGUAACAAGUACUUCUGAAAGUAAUUCUGGAGGAAGUAAUUCGGACUUGCUUUAUAAGGUCCUCGUUCCAGUGAUUUUACUAGCUGUAAUUGCUUUAAUUGCCUUUCUUUUUUGGAAAAAAUGGCAAAAAUAUCAACUCGAACAAAAACAACGUGAGAUUGAACAAAAAGAUCGUGAAUUAAAACUACAACAAGACAGAAUGACGGCACUUUUUGAUGGCCUUCAAAAUAGUAGACCUGUAAUAGGAGAUAAUAGAAUGGUUUAUGAAGAAGAUAAUAAUAGAUUUGAAGAAGUAUAUGAUGAUUAA